UUUUUUUUUUUUUUGAGAAAGGGACUCACUCUGUCGCCCAGAGUGGAGUGCAGUGGUACAAUCAGCCGUCCAGGCUCAAGUGAUCCUCUCUCCUCAGCCUCUCGAGUAGCUGGCAUGCACCAUUAUAUCUGGCUAAUUUUUUUUUUUUUUUUUUUUUUUUUGUAGAAAUGCGUCUCAUGUUGCCCAGCUUGGUCUAGAACUCCUGAGCUCAAGCAAUCCUCUAUCCUCGGCCUCUGGCGUAACUGGGACUACAGGCAUGCACCACCAUGCCGGGCUAAUUUUUUGUAUUUAUUUUGGAGAGAUGGGGUCUUGCAUUGCCCAGGCUGAUCUCAAACUCACGAGCUUAAGCAAUCCUCCCUCCUCGGCCUCCCAAAGUGCUGGGAUUACAGGGAUGAGCCACCGCACCUGGCCAAUGUAUCAGUUUUAAAAACAAUAGGCAUGGAACCAAAAGUAUGCUGGAAGUUCCUGGGAAAGAGGUUUCCUUGCUCUUAGGUGGUUUUUGUUUGUUUGUUUGUUUGUUUGUUUGAGGUGGUGUCUUGCUCUGUCGUCCAGGUGGGAGUGCAGUGGCGCGAUCUCAUCUCACUGCAACCUCUGCCUCCCAGGUUCAAGCGAUUCUUGUGCCUCAGCCUCCCAAGUAGCUGGGAUUACAGGCGCCUGCUACCACGCCCGGCUAAUUUUUGUACUUUUUUUUUUAGUAGAGACGGGGUUUCACCAGGCUGGCCAGGCUGUUCUCGAACCCCUUACCUCAGUCUCCCAAAGUGCUGGGAUUCCAGGCGUAAACCACCGUGCCCUGGCAGCUCUUAGGUGUACUUUUCUUUUUUUUUUUUUUUUUUUUUUUUUUUGAGACGGAGUCUCACUCUGUCGCCCAGCUGGCUAAAGUUAAGCACUAAGGUGCCAGCAGCACCCCACAGGGCUCUCAACUGCCUCAGUCCCCGCCCUCCCUCCCGUCUCACUCAACUGGGCCCUCCGAGAGCGCUAGCUGAUUGGUGGAGUCUCUGGUCGACAUUCACCACCCACUCAACCGCAGAGCUCGUAAACUGAGAGGGGCGGAAGUAGGCGGGGCGAGAGCUGUGCGCCUAUUGGCUACAGACCACGCCGCAGAGUGAGUGGGGCGGAGCUGCGCGUGCGCAGGGCCUGGCGGCCGUUGAAAAAUGGCGACUGUGGCGGAGUUGAAGGCUGUUUUAAAGGACACCUUGGAAAAAAAGGGAGUAUUAGGGCAUUUAAAAGCAAGGAUCCGAGCUGAAGUUUUCAAUGCCCUAGAUGAUGACCGUGAACCCCGACCAUCAUUGUCUCAUGAAAACCUUCUAAUUAAUGAAUUAAUUCGAGAGUAUUUAGAAUUCAACAAAUAUAAGUAUACAGCAUCUGUCCUCAUAGCAGAAUCUGGUCAACCUGUAGUUCCAUUGGACAGACAGUUUCUCAUCCAUGAACUAAAUGCAUUUGAAGAAUCAAAGGAUAAUACAAUAUGACCACCUAAGAAAGGAGAAGCAGAAAAGUACUAACAUUGAAGAUCUUCAUGUUUCUCAGGCAGUCAACAGAUAAUGCUUUGUUUGGGGUAUCUUUUGUCUUAAAAUUGUAUUAUUAAUUAAAUAACUUAUUUAUUGUCCCAAUGUUACCAAAAUGCACCACUAACAUUUGUAGAAAUUUGAGUUUCUACAAAACACCCCUCAUGUUUAACUACAUUUGUGAAUAAAAGCUAACUCUGUCAUCUAGCUUAUUGGAUUUGACUUGAAAAAAAAAAGUAUUGUUUUUACAAAGUAUUUUUUGUUUUUUUGAGACGGAGUCUCGCCCUGUCACCCAGACUGGAGUGCAGUGGCACGUUCUCCGCUCACUGCAAUCUCCGCCUCCCGGAUUCAAGUGAUUCUCCUGCCUCAGCCUCCCAAGUAGCUGGGAAAACAGGCCUGUGCCACCACACCGGACUAGUUUUUGUAUUUUUAGUAGAGAUGGGGGGGUCUCACCAUGCUGGCCAGGCUGGUCUUGAACUCCUGACCUCAGGUGACCUGUGUGCCUCAGCCUCCCAAAGUGCUGGGAUUACAGGUGUGAGCCACUGAGCCCAGCCAUUUAGGAAGUAUUAUAAAGGCCCUUAAAGUUUGUAAGGAAAUGAAAGGGCUUUGUAUUACCUUUUCAAUAGGCAACAAUGUACUUUUUCUUUCCUUAGACUUUGGCUUACUGGAAGAUUUAAUUAAAAGGUAGAGGAGAAGUAAAUUUGCUGUAAUAAUUUUGCUGUAAAUAAAACAAAGAGUUUAUUUUAUUAGAUAAAGAAUGUGAAGUAAGUAUGAAGAGACAGGCUUUGGGAGAAAUACCAGAAAGUGAUUUUUCAAAGAUGGCAUUGUUUAAUCUCCGUGUGGCCUUCGGUUGUGCAAUCACAGAUGAGCCAGAAGAGGGCCAGCCCCCUACUUGUUUGGGCUCCGAAACUCUUAUCAAACAUCAAUUUUUAUUCUUGGGAUAGAAAAAUAGUAUGUGCUAUCUCUAAUACGCUACUUCGAUAUUUAUUAAAGAAGUAUUUUUAAUAUAGUGUCCACAGGCUCAUUUCAUUGAAAACAACUGACUAUGAUGAUAGACAGCUCCUGAUUGGCAAAAGUUUGAUGGGUAUAUUCAGAAUUAAAUUUUGCCUGCGCACCUAAACACUGACAACAUUUAGCUUAAAGGUUUUCCAUGGAGAAGAGUGGUAAGAGCUGUAGUUAGCAAAAUUGGCAUCCUCUUUAGGGUGUCAAUUCUGUGCUGCUUUGCAAAUUGUUGAAACUUUUGAUUUUCUAUUUGGCGAUGCUAGUCAGUGUUCACUUCUUAAAGAUUAGCCAAGAAUUUUUAUCUAAAUGCAGAAACUUAUUAAUGAAAUCCAUUUAAACUAUAGUUACACAACAUUUCGGGAGGCCCUGCUGGUAAAAUUAUAUAUGGAUGCAGAAGUAUUGCAAGAGUCCAUUUUCCAUUUUUAAAUCUGUAAUAUCUGAUUGCAAUGAUGAAUUCCGUUGUAUUGUAUGUGUGAAUAUAAAUAUCUGAAUUCUCCCGGGGGACUUGGUUUUCGUCCAAGGAUGUUGGCAGUGGACACUUAGUUUACCUCAGGAAUUGCAAUCACGUAAGACUAUAUUCGGAAAAAAUGCCGGAGUAUAUAAUUUUGGAUACUGAUAUAAAAUCAUCAAGAUGGAAGUUAAACAGAAUUGUCACAUGUAGUCCAUAGCGCUUUUAUAUGCAUUAUUCUGUAAUUUGUACUGAGGCAACUUUUUAUACUUUCAAUAUAUCAUUUAAUAAAAAAAAUAAGCAAGUCA